AUUAUAAUAUAAUCAAUAACCUCAAAAGGUCACGCUUCAGUUUUAACAAAAUAAACAAUGCUUCAUAAUUUUAUGUAAACAACUAAGCAAUUGGCAAUAUAAAGUUAACUUCGAUUCAGCUACAUAUAUACAAGUUAAUUGACAAUAUAUAAAGUUUACGUAAUCAUGAAAAGUUGUGUUGUUGACCUUUGAUCCUUUUUAGAAGAUAAUACUGUGCCGGUUACCCAUAAUGCACGAACUUUUGGAAAAACUAAAACUAUACGGUGUUGGGAGGCGGAAAAUAAAUGAUGAGUUAUUCGCAAAUGAAAAGCCAGUUGUCUUGGGGGUCUAUGACAUUGAUGAUGAAGAUCUUUGUCAUGAAGUUAUAAAAUCGAUUUGUUCGAUCCCAGGAUGCAAUUUCACCACCAAUUCCCUCCUAGACUUCGAGAACCACUAUAACUCCCACCGGUACUCCUGCUGUGAGUGCAAGAGGGUCCUCCCCUCCCCCCACUUGCUGGACCUACACGUGCAGGAGACACACGACUCGUUCUUUGCCGUUAGCGCUCUUAGGAAACCCUCGUAUUGCUGCUACAUAGAAGAGUGCAAAGAGAAAUUUAUGUCUCCAGACGAGCGUCUCGACCACUGCGUGAAAGUCCACAAACUGCCCAAAGAUUUCAGAUUCGACCAGAAACCUAAAGCCAAGAAACAGAAAAAGAACUCUAACGCUAUGGACAUAGACACCAAUUCGGAACACAAAAAAUUCGCCUUUACGAAUAAUAAGCAAAGAAGUUUCAAAUACACUGGUAAAAAGUUUACCAAGGACAAUAGGACAGGAACAUCUGUUAAUAUGGACACCGUUAUGACCGAUUUGAAAGAGAGUUUACCUGAAUAAAAUAUAUUAUUAUAUAUUUGUUUAAUUUUU